UUUAUAGCCUUUUCUAUUAUUUUCGGUCAUUGCGCUUAACACGCUCUGUGCAUGGAAAAUGACAGGGAUCCGUACCUUGACUUCCAGCCAAACUUCGCCCUUUCCUUACCGGUCCAGAUCCUCCUGCAAGGUGUCAUUGUAGCGCUCGUGUCUGUUUUGCUUAUUCACCUCAUCUUCACUGCACAUUCCCACUGGCCUCUCGCGCGGCUCAACUAUGCCUUGCAAGUCGCAGGGGUCACCACAUUACUAAUAUCCUCGAUAGCUAGCAUAAUCGUUGUGCUGCAUCUGCUUCGUAGUUACAGUCGCGGAUGGCCUUAUAUGCUUGACUACAUCGCAAUCAGCAUCCCUCCUGAUGAUUGGCCUAUCGCUGGGCAAGUUUCGUGGUAUUCUAUGGAAGCUAUAACAUCUGGCUUUGCUCACAUUACGAACAUCCAAACCCUCACUUUACUCUUUCCUGCCAAAGCAGAACAACGACUAAUUUUCCUCCUACUCGGACCUCUCGUCCUUGCUUCGUCAGCUAUGACCUUCUCGUCUUUAUCACCAACUGAUCGUGCACAGGACCUAGGAGAUGCCAUUCGAGGCAUCUGCAACACAACCCUCUCCUUGCUCUUCACAUCCGCGUUGUUCAUAUGGGGGUUUGUCAUCAAUCGCUACAGAGCAUGGCGAACCGACGGUGGCACAGCAGCGUUCGGUGCCGGGGCCUGUCUGUUAGCAGUGAUGAGCGUCGUCGUGAAUUUUAUUCUAAUAUUCGAGGACCGAUUGGUGUGGUUGCCCUACCUGAACUGGGCUGUGGUGCUGUGGCAGAGUUUCUUUGGGUGGUGGUGGUUUGCUGGCUCGGGGAUGGGUAUUCCCGAGGUGGGAGACAUGCUCUAUCGUGCAGAGCGCAACAAACGGAAGGCACAGGAGAAGGAACGCAAACGGAAAAGAAAAACGUUUUCGGAAGUGGACACUCCCUCAUCGAAUACCUCUGGGGCCCUUCGUUUCUUCAGUUCGCUGGUUGGAGAUUUGAGUAGACGGAGAUCUGCACGGACGAUGGGUCCAGGUCGCGAUGCCACCAGUGGCAACGAAGGGGACAUCGAAAUGUGUUCUAUUCCUUCAGGGCUCGCCGCCCAUCAGACAACUGUAAAUGGUGCCCCUCAUCCGCACUCCCGUUUGAGCAAUUUCUUCCACGCUCUUCCCUUUUUUCACAAUAUUUCAAACUUCACCAAAGAGCUUGGCCAUGCACAUAUACGUGCCGCCGUCGAGAAUGCCCAGAGUGAUCCUCGUCCUGAAGGUGGUGAGAGUGAAGGGUGGGGAUUAGGGGCUUAUGGUCUUACGCAGCGGGAAGAGGCAGAACGCAGGAUCAUGGAGUUUAAAGAGCGAAGAAAAGGUCAGAGGCUCCUCAACGUGGAGCGGGGCCCGGGGAUCGAAGAACGAGAGGAAGAUUGGGAAGAUGAAGCUGGAGAUAUAGGCGAGAAUGAUAAGAAGGAGGCACUGGAAAGGUUGCAGCGAGAAGUUGAUGCUGAGGCUGCUGGUCCUUCGACAUCAGGGCAACAGGACACGCAAGGCCCAAGGCGCCGCCCAUCUCACUCGACUCUCACAACACUGCCUGACCCACUUCCACCCACCGGCUCCGUUUUCUGGUGGUGGGGUCCACUGCGACGGUGGAGGCUUCAGGACCGGGCAGUUUACCAGUAAAGUCCUCUCGUAUUUAUCUCGCUACGGUCCUACGGUGGCUGUCAGUCCCCCACUGGUGUGCUUUUUAACUUUAACUUCAGUCAGCUGCACUUUUUAUCAUUCCCCUGCACCGCUUAAUUCUACCUGGCAAUGACUUUGUACUCCUACUGUGUAUGUACUUGAGCAUAAUACUAUCAAAAGAUCACACCUUGC